CCAAUGGGGGCGGCUGUGACAUGGCGGGAGCCGUGUGUGGGGGUGGGCGCGCGCGCAGUGAGGCAGCUCUAGUUCCCGUGGUUCUGUGUCGGCCGUGCACCUUCCGGACUCGCAGGCAUGGAGCCCGGCCAAGUUGCGAUCAUCGGCAGUGGACUUAUUGGUCGCAGCUGGGCCAUGGUGUUUGCUGCUGGAGGCUUCAAGGUGAAACUUUAUGAUGUUGCACAACAGCAGCUAACAAGUGCACUGGAAAUUAUUCGCAAACAAAUGAAAGACCUGGAGGAGUCGGGAUUCCUGAAAGGAUCUUUGAGUGUGGAGCAGCAGUUGGCUCUCAUUAGCGUCUGUACAGACCUGAAGGCAGCAGUAGAGGGUGCUACUUUUAUUCAGGAAUGUACUCCGGAAAACUUGGAACUGAAAAAGAAGAUUUUCAGUCAGUUAGAUCUUAUUGUUGGUGACAGUGCUAUUUUGAGCAGUUCAACCUCUUGUCUCUUACCCAGCAAAUUAUUCACUGGCCUUAAACAUGUUAAGCAGUGUAUUGUGUCACAUCCUGUAAAUCCACCUUAUUAUGUGCCAUUGGUUGAAAUUGUUCCUCAUCCAGAAACAGAUCCUUCUACUACAGAGAGAACAUAUGCCCUGAUGAAGAAAAUUGGUCAAUCUCCUGUCAGACUGAACAGAGAAAUUGAAGGGUUUGCUCUGAAUCGGCUCCAGUAUGCAGUGAUAAGCGAAGCCUGGAGACUUGUGAGUGAAGGAGUAAUAUCUCCUGCUGAUCUAGACCUUGUGAUGUCAGAUGGAUUGGGAAUGCGAUACGCAUUUAUUGGACCUCUGGAAACCAUGCAUCUUAAUGCAGAAGGUAUUUCAAAUUAUUGUGAAAGAUACUGUGAAGGUAUGAGACUUGUUCUGAACACCUUUGGACCAGUUCCAGAAUUUUCAGGUGAAGCUGAACAGAAAAUCAGUCAGGCAAUGUCUGAGAAAAUUCCAGUUAUUCCCAAAGUCCUGGAUGCCAGGAGAAAAUGGCGAGAUGAAUGUCUUGCUGGUCUUUCCAAAUUGAAAAAACAAAUGAAAUCUGACUGAGGUGCACCUUGUCUAACAGGAGAGACCAAACGAAGAGCAGAUCUUCAUUAAAAAAUAGGAAAAUCUUGGUCAUGCAGAAGAGGAGACUGAAUGUGCAACCAAUGAUAUGCACAAAUGUAGAGACCAAUGAAAUAUUUGGUCCAAAUUCAUCAUGAUGUAAUUCAUGAGUAACUGGAAACAGCUACUAUAAAGUUCAGUUAAAAUUUAUCAGAUUACUAUAUAUGCAUUGAUGUGUAAGUAUUAGUAGUUUUAACAAUAUUGAUAUUGUGCAAUGCUGGAACACAAUCAUGUUUUAAAUAAUGCAUUUUUCAGCUUGCUUAGGAAUUCAGCACUUGAACAGUAUUUGCUUAUGCAGGGAUCUGAAAUAGGCAAACAUCAGCUGUUUGUCCCUGAAAAAAGUAAGCCCUUCCCUGCUGGUCACUGCAACAGCGAGGUUAAUUUGUAAAGCACUGACUGUAGAUAGAAGGUUGUACUGAGUAAAGAGUAGAUUCACUGGCCAGUGAGCUGAGAUCUUGGCAGCAGUAAGGGUGACUUCAGCUGGUAUUUGUAGCUGUUCCACUAUGUAGGGAAAAUAAUUGCUCCUCCCUUCCCUCCCUUUGGCACUUCUGUACCUGUAUGAUAAUCUGUGAGUAAAUAAAGCAGAAUUCCCCCUUCAUCCCUUACCCCUGUUUCUGUAAGACUCAGCAGAGAUCCACUUGGUCUUUAAGACCAUGCACUUGGUACCCCAUGACUUCCAUCUUGAGUCAGAUGUUUGAUGCUGACCAGUGGCAUUGCUGCAUAAGUAUGUACCUUCUUUUAAGACUGGUCUAUGAGAAAUAAGAUAUUUUGAUUUAAUAGCUAGUUUGGGAGACAGUAUGGUGUAGUGAAUUGAUGUGUACUUUAUCCCAAGGUACUCCACGACUGUCUUGAGUCAUCUUGGGAUGACUCAAGUUCACCUCUCUGUUGCUAUGUCUGUUUUGUACAUUAUCUGAAGCAAGAACUGCUUCUUUAGCACUCAGCUGUAGUGAAUGGAACAGCUGUAGCAGAAGGAAUCCCAGGUAUCUGCUGUUCUGCUCCCCUGCAGAAGGAAAGGUGCAGCAGCUUAGAUGUAGCAUUCAUGCUUUACUGCUGUCCUUCCUACAGGAGACACAACAUCUCCACAUACAGGGGCACAAUAUACAUACGCAUCGAAGUAGUAAUGUAGUAAUAUCCUCAGUUGCUGCAGUGGUGUGUUUGGUCCACAGUAGGCAGCAUUAUUAUGAAUGUAUGUACCCUGUAAUAUAGUUGGACUUUGAUCUUAGCUGGAACCUUGGGGCAUUAUGCAGAUAGGAAUAAUAACUCAAAACAGUGCAUUUCACCCACAUGCUUAAGUUAUUUACAGAGGGUGCAGCACACAAGUUGCUGAAACUUGCUACCAUUUUGAGCCAAACAGCAGAAAUAUCUGUGCAGACAUAUCAAUACUACUUACUUCUGCUUAGGUUACCAUGAAAGAGAUGUAAGAUAAAUUUUAUUGCUUGACUUAAGUAGUGGGCUAAGAACACAUCUCUCGAUGUGAAGUGUGGGAUGGGAAGCAUAAUGCAGAGGCUGUCCUGUGCUCCUUUAUAAUCAGUGGAGAGAGAGGAAAAUUUGAAAACUCAAUUUAUUUUGUCCUGAUACAGACUUAAAAUUGUCAGGUUUCUUCAUUGCUUUUUAUUGCCACAGCGACUGGCUCAACUUGCAUUCAGACAUCUGAAGUUGUGGAGGUCAGUCCUCAAUCCUGAUGCCUUAUUAAGCAGUAAUAAAUUAAUUAUGGGUCUGAUUUCCUCAUUUUAUGUAUGUUUUAUAUUUCAGACAAAGCCAUCAAAAGUUCCAAUUACUUUUGUCAUUAGAUGUGUUUUCCUAUAUGACAUUGUCAUAACUAAUUAGCUCACAUUGCUUCUGUGUAUUCUGAGAUACUUUAAAACUCAAUCAUGUCAUCAAAUAUUUGCCUCCAUCUUUACUAUUUUCUUAUGAAUAAAAUAUUUUAAUGAGGAAAGCAU